AUGCAAAUCCUGUCUUUACUUUUCGUCUCUGCUCUUGCUCUGUCAAGUUCUGCUUUCCAACACGGCAUAGGCAAGAACCGCUGCCAAUCAAUGGUGAAGGCUUCCUCUGUUAAUGCUGCUACUACUCCUGCAACCACUGCCGUUGCUCCAACUGUCACCCAAAGUGCCCGCCAAUCAAUGGUGAAGGUUUCCUCUACUAGUGCUGUUCCUACCCCCGCACCCACUGCCGUUGCUCCAACUGGUGACGCUUUCGCGGACCAGGUUGUCGCUCAGCAUAACGCUGCACGGGCGAAGUAUGGCGCGAAUCCCAUCACCUGGAAUGCUGCCCUCUACUCCGCUACUCAAGCCUAUGCCAACCAAUGCAAGUUCCAGCACAGCUCUGGCGGCAAUUAUGGAGAAAAUCUUGCCGCAGGUACUGGCAAAUACGGCAUCGUGGACGCCGUAAACGGCUGGAUGAGCGAGGCUUCCGCUUACGAUUAUAACAAGCCGGACUUCUCUAGCGCUACUGGCCAUUUCACUCAGGUCGUCUGGAAGGGCACCACACAAGUCGCAUGCGCUGUGGCCAGCUGCCCUGCAGGCACUAUCUUCUCUCAGGCUUCUCAAUACGUUGUCUGCCGCUACACCCCACCUGGCAACUUCCUUGGCCAGUUUGCUGCCAACGUCGGGAGGCCUGUUUAA